AUGAGUAAUGUUACACAUAAAAUUCCAUGUUGUUUAAUGUCUUUAGACAAGCAUAAUUCUAUACCUGUAGACACACAUGUAUGGCAGAUCGCUAAACGUGAUUAUGGCUUUGCUUCAAAAACUUCAAAAAACUUAACAAAUCGGUUGUACGAACUGGUUGGCGAUCAUUUUAGAAAUUUAUUUGGAGAUUAUAGCGGAUGGGCUCAUUCGGUUUUGUUCGCUGCGGAUCUUAAAAUGUUUGGGAAAAAACAACAAUAUGAUAACAAUAAUACUAGCAGCAACAAUUUGAAAACUAAAAAAAACAUUGCCAACAACAACGAAUCUAGUUAUAAUAGUGUUGUUACGCUAACUUUAUCAUCAACAAAUGUCGAAGAAAAAUUGAACAAUAAUGAAUCACCUUCCAUUUCUAGAAAGAAACUUCGCAGUUCAGCUUGUUUGCCCAUUAUACCAAAUUUAAAAUUUUUUAAAGAAUUAAAUCAAAAGGGUAUAAACUUCACUGUUCGUCAUGAAUUCUUUGAUUAUAUUAAUGGCGUAUCAUUUUUGUUGCCUGGUGGACUUGAUAGCUUGAAAAAGGUUGCUGAUAUAUCGAAUCUUAACAUAGUACCCAGGCCUAGUCAUAUUGUUGAUGAUAAACUUAAAAAACGUGAUUACAAUACCAAUGACACAAUCCAAUUUGCUCCUAAUAAUAAUAUAAAUGAGAUACAUAAAGUCACUGGUGUUGAUCGUGUACAAAAUGAGAUUCUGAGUUUUGGGACUGGGAUUAAAGUUGGAAUUGUUGAUACAGGAAUUGAUUACAGACAUCCAGCACUUGGAGGUUGUUAUGGAACAGGAUGUAGGGUGGCAUAUGGGCAUAAUUUUGUUAUAGAUGGAACCAACUUUAAUAGUGUUAAUGAUCCACUUGAUACUUGUAAUGGUCAUGGUACACAUGUUGCUGGUUUGAUAGGUGCUAAUGACAGUCUAAUAACUGGAUUUAUGGGUGUUGCUCCUAAUGUUACUUUUGGUGCUUAUAAAUCCAUGAAUUGUCAAGGUACAGGGAGUGCUGACAAUAUAAUGGCUGCAUUAGAAGCAGCUGCAACUGAUCAAAUGGACAUAGUAAAUUUAUCUUUAGGAGGUGAAGGAUGGGCAGAAACUUCAAUGUCUGUUAUUGCAGAUUCAAUUGCAACUCGAGGAAUCAAUGUUAUAGCUGCUAAUGGUAAUGAAGGAACUCGUGCUGGUUUAGCAAGUUCAGCAAAAGAUCUACCAAUAUUUCAAAGUAGUAUUUUCAACACCUACCGUACUAUGUUAUGUAGUUCAACAACAUACCAACCUUUAGGCAUUUUGACAAACAAUGACAAUCCUUUUCUUAUAAGUGGUGAAAAUAGAUUUGUCACAAAAACAAGAAAAACUCGUCCAUUGGUUAGAAGUUGGGAAGGUGACUAUAUAGAAGGAAGUUUUGGUGAUGAUGGACAUUUCGUUCCAUCAACCACUGCUGUUAAUGGUGUACAAAUACCAAAUGGUGAUUAUUAUAUACAAUUUAGAGCUUUAAAAUUAUUCGGAGAUACUAAGGUUGUGGGUGAUUGGGAAUACUGGAAUUCUACUUCUUUUAAGAUUGAAAGACCCGCAACUCCCUGA